CGUAUCUGUCUUUCUUUCUCAGUGUCCCACGGAGUAGACUGGGCCACGUGCAGAUCCCUGUUGUAUAAUUUUUUUACCCUAUUCUACUCGUCCAACGCCACACAGAAAAAUCAUGGUUAAAUUAGCGAAGGCAGCGAAGAAACAGGCAAAUCCCAAAAAGAAGGCCCCACCGCCACCAAAGGAAGUUGAAGAGGACUCAAGCGAAGAGGAGAGUGAGGAGGAGGAAGUGGCCCCUCCUCCCAAGGCAGUCAAGAAGGCGGCAGCUAAAGCCAAGCCCACCCCUGUCAAAGCUGCCAAAAACGGAAAAGCCGCAAAGAAAGCGGAGAGCGAAGAUGAUGAAAGCGAUGGCGAUUCAGAGGAAGAAUCCGAAGAGGAAGCUCCCCCUGCCAAAAAGACCCCCGCCAAGGCAACCCCUGCUAAGGCAGCACCCGCCAAAGCCGCGGAAGAGUCCGACGAUGAAGAGGAGGACGACGAUGAAGACGAUGAAUCAGAAGAGGAGGAGAAGGCCCCCGCUCCUAAAAAAGCCACUCCUGCUAAACCUGCUGUGAAAGUAACUCCCGCCAAGGAGGAGUCCGACGACGAAGAGGACGACGAUGAGGAUUCCGAAGAAGAGAUGGACACUGCCCCUGCUCCGCCAGCUGCAAAGGCCAAGAAGGCUGGCAUGGUGAAAGCUAAGGAGGAGUCAGAGGAGGACGAUGAGGAUGACGACGAAGAGGAUGAUGAGGAUGACGACGAGGAGGAAGAGGAUGCCCCAGUCACCCCUGCAAAGAGGAAGGCCGAGAACAAGGAGACCCCACCCGCAAAAAAGGCCAAAUCUGAUGGCGAAGGGGGCUUCUGUCUGUUCGUCGGAAACUUGAAUGGCGAAAGCAAAGAUUUCGACGAGAUCAAAGAGGCCCUCGGUGCCUUCUUCUCCAAGAAGAACCUGGAUGUUCAGGAGGUCCGUCUGGGAGCGUCAAGGAAAUUUGGAUAUGUCGACUUUGCCACUGAAGAGGACCUGCAGAAAGCCAUUGAGUUGAGCGGCAAGAAAUUCAUGGGGCAGGAGCUGAAACUGGACAGGGCCCGCAGCAAAGAGAGCUCCCAGGAGGGGAAAAAAGAGAGGGAUGCGCGGACGCUGUUCGUCAAAAACCUCCCGUUUUCAGCUACGGCCGACGACCUCAAAGAAGUGUUUGAAAACGCAGUGGAUAUCAGAUUACCUCCUGGACAGAAUGGCUCCAACAGAGGCAUUGCCUACGUGGAGUUCAAGACGGAAGCCGUUGCCGACAAGAUGCUUGAGGAGGCCCAGGGAGCGGAAGUGCAGGGGCGCUCCAUCAUCGUGGACUACACAGGAGACAAGAGCCAGAAGGGGGGAGGCAGACCUGCGGCUGCUCCAGGAGCUGCCAGCAAGACCCUGGUGGUGAACAACCUGUCCUACAACGCAACAGAAGACUCCCUCCAAAGUCUGUUUGAGAAGGCAGUUGCCGUCAGAGUACCACAGAACAACGGCAGGCCCAAAGGGUUUGCCUUUGUGGAGUUUGAAAGCGCAGAGGAAGCCAAGGAGGCCAUGGACACUCUGAACGGCUCUGAGAUCGAAGGCAGGGCAAUCCGGCUGGAGUACAGCCAGAACAGCGGAGGCAAGCAGGACGGAGGCAGGGGGGGCUCAGGCCCCACAAAAACACUGUUUGUCCGAGGCCUCAACGAGGACACCACAGACGGCACACUCAGGGACUCGUUCGACGGUGCAGUCGCCGCCAGGAUAGUCACAGACCGCGACACAGGCUCGUCUAAAGGCUUUGGCUUUGUGGACUUCGACAACGAGCAGGACUGCAAGACCGCCAAAGAAGCCAUGGAGGACGGUGAGAUCGACGGCAACAAGGUGACCCUGGACUACGCCAAGCCCAAGGGCGAGGGAGGCUUCCGAGGAGGCCGCGGAGGUGGUGGUUUCGGCGGCGGCGGUUUCGGCGGCCGCGGGGGAGGAAGAGGCGGCCGGGGCGGGUUUGGCCGGGGCGGCGGCGGUGGUGGAGGAUUCAGGGGCGGAAGAGGCGGCAACCGAGGGGGUGGACGCGGCUUUGGCGGUGGCCGAGGUGGUGGUGGUGGUUUCGGAGGAAAGCCCCAGGGCAAGAAAAUCAAGUUUGAUGACUAAAACCUCAAGUCUAUUUUUGUUCCUUUUAUUUUUUGAACGGACUCUGGUUUCAUCGCUUUUCAGAGCCUUUUUGGACAUUCCAGAAAGCGUCAUUGAUAAAUAAUGGGCAUUUUAGUCCCGUCACCCUCUUAAACCUAUCCCUUUUAUCAUAUUCCCUCGUCUUCACCCCCCUCAUCUUGUGGGCUGCCUACAAGAUGUCCUAGCCGCCCACACAUAUCCAUAUUGAGUCAAUUUCUCUCGUUUUUCUUUUUUCCAGAGGCGUAAAACAAUGUCUAGCAACCCUGCCUGUUUGCUGUGAAUAGAAGAAAUGUCCCUGUUGGUUCAGAUACACAUUGUACAUUGAACAAUUUGUAUUAUUUCAUUUUACCUUUUGUAAAAAGUGCUGUAUCCUUAAUAUCCAUAUGCAUUUUGUUUGUUUAGUUUGGCUUGGGUAUAAAUGUUUUACAGUUUAAUGAAAUUGUGAAUGGAUGGCGAUAUUAAAUCUGGGCCCUGAGCUGUUGGGCGUGUAGAAUCUGGUAA